AUGCAUGUUAAAGACGAGUUACAUGACCAAUUACUGAAGACCUAUCGUGGCGGGUAUCUACUAAUUCUACCAGAUAAACAGCUGCUGAUAUUCGUGUGGUAUUGUGCAGAUCAGGAUAGCCAAAGGGAAAUAGCGGUGCUGUUUGGAAUCGAAAGUUUCAAAGUCAUGUCGGGAAUUGGUAACAUUGUGGGUGCGCUAGACGGUACAUAUCUUCCCAUAGUAAAUUGCCCAGGAGGCGACAACGAUUAUAUCAAUCGCAAAGAGUUUCCAUCUGUACAGCUGCAGCUGAUAGUGGAUGACAGAUUACUGAUAAACAAUGCAUACGUUGGUAGGCCAGGGUCAACCCAUGAUGCUAGGGUCCUUCGCAAUUCGUCGUUUUAUGGAGAGGCUGAAGCUGGCAGGAAUGUUACUGCAGGACAACUAGUGAUUGGUGAUUGUGCUUACCCUCUUGGUAACUGGCUGUUUACACCUGACAGAGACACUGGUCACUUAACACCCUCACAGAAGAAAUUCAACAAAGCAUUGUCUUCAGCAAGACAGUGUGUUGAAAUUGCUAAUGCACAUUUGAAAGGACGGUUUCGUAGGCUACAGAAAGUGUACUGCAAAGAGGUUGAAGAUAUAUGCAAACUCACAAUGUCCUGCUGUGUUCUACACAAUCUGUGUAUUAUUUGUGCAGAUGAAAUCGAUGAUUUUAUUUAUAUAAACUUUGUGCAAAAUGUCAGCAAUUACAUGAACAUUUUUCAAAACCUGCAAAAUGGUGAAAAUGACAGAGCCCAGAUAACUGCUGAUUUGUAA